UUUAUAAACCUCUGGGGGCACGCGCUGCCCUGACUUCGAGCAGGAACAGUCACUUCAGUCUGCAGGCCUGGUUCAUCUGUCAGCGCGUGAUGGAUUCCUUGGGUCCUUUGCUUACUAAAGCACUGAGGAGAAACGAGGAGCCCGACUGAGUAUCCAAAUCUUCACUCGACCACUUGAUGGUUAUCAGCUGCAGAUCGACACGCCCUCCUUUUCAUACCAAACAAACAUUUUAAUGAGCUGCAGUAAAGCGAGAAAGUGAGGAGAAUCUUUUGGGCACCAUGGACGAUGACUUUGACCGCCGCAUGGAGCUGAGGAGGCAGAGGAGAGAGCAGAUGCGUGUCGAUUCUGAAAAGCCGGGUAACACCAACGAUGAUGACGAGGAGGAAGCACGGGAGCAAAGGAGACGUGCGAGGGAGGACAGGAAGAAGAUGAGGGAGCCUGAGGAGUCUGAUAUUUCUGAUGCUAUCAACAGUAACAGUGUUGAAGAGAACGAAUCCUCCUCCACACCCACUGACACCAUCGAUGCUGGAGGUGCAGAUGAUGACCAGGCUUUGCUGGAGCGCCUCGCCAAGAGGGAGGAGCGCAGGCAGCAGAGAAUGAAGGAGGCGAUGGAGAGACAGAAGGAGUUUGACCCCACCAUCAGCACCCCUGACGGCACAGACGGCCCACUGGAAGAGGUGUCCUCCAUUAGCAACCGCAGCAGUCAGCAGCGGACAGAGGAAGAGGAAGAGGAGGAGAAGGAGAAGGAGAAGGAGAAGGAGGACCAGGUGGCAGAGGCAGAUAUGAACUCCUGGAAGAAAGAGGAGGAGGAGGAAGUAGAGAAGGAGGAGAUUGACGCUGCAACAAAUGAAGAGGUAGAUCAAGGAAAAGAAGAGGAAGCUGUUCCUGAUCUUGACAAUGAGCAAGAAGAAAGGAAGAGGAAAGAAGAGGAGGAAAGACAGCAAAAAGAAAUGGAAGAAAAGUUAAGAAUAGAAGAGAAGGAGAGGCAACAAAGAGAAAUGGAGGAAAAGCUGAAGAGAGAGGAAGAAGAGAGGCAGCAAAAGGAGGAGGAGGAGAGGAAGAAGCGGAAAGAGGAGGAACAACAGAAACAAAUGGAGGAGAGGCUGAGAGAGGAGGAAGUAGAAAAACUGAAAAAAGAGAUGGAGGAAAAAGAAGAGAAGGACAGACAGAAAAGGGAGAUGGAUGGGAGACAGAAGAAAGAGGAGGAGGAGAAGCAGCAAAAGGAAAUAGAAGAGCGGCUGAAAAAGGAAGAGGAAGAAAAACACCAAAAGGAGAUGGAAGAAAAGAAGAAGAAGGAAGAGGAAGAAAAGCGGAGGAAAGAAAUGGAGCAGAAGAAGAUAAAGGAAGAGGAAGAAAACAAGAAGAAAAAGGAGCUGGACGAAAAGAAAAGGAAGGAGGGGGAGGAAAAGCGGAAAAGGGAGGCAGAGGAUAAAAAGGAAAAAGAGGAGGAGGAUAAAUGCAAAAAGAGAGACAUGGAGGAAAGAAAGAAGAAAGAGGAGAACGAAAAGCUUAAAAGAUUUGGUCUUAAGGAAAAGAAUGAACCAGCCAAACAGAACGGAGCCUUCAUUGAGAACAAGCUCAAGAAAACAGAGAAGACGUCAAGGGACAAUGCUCCCUCCACGAAGGCAGACGACGUGGAGCGAAAGGAGGCUGAACAUAAGCUGCAGGAGCUGAAGCGCCGGCGAAACGACGCAGAGAGCGAGGAGUUUGAGAAGAUGAAGCAGAAGCAACAGAACUCAGAAGCCGAGCUGGAGGAGCUGAAGAAGAAGAGAGAGGAGAGGAGGAAGAUCCUGGAGGAGGAGGAGAAGCAGAGGAAACAGGAGCUGGAGGACAAAAAAGCCAAAGAACAGGAGGAAAGGAAGAGGAUGAAGGAGGAGAUAGAGAAGAGGAGGGCGGAGGCUGCAGAGAAGAAGAAACAGAAAGAAGAGGACACCUCAAAACCUUCCUUUGCUAUCAGUCCCAAAGGCUCCUCCAAGAUUGGAGAGAAGGCAGAAUUCUUGAGCAAAUCAGCCCAGAAAAACACUGCAGCAAGAGUGUCACACACUCCACUUGUGUCCAAGAUAGGCAACAGACUGGACCAGUACACUUCUGCACUCCAGGGUAGCAAAGAAGGCAAAUCCCCCAAGUCUCCUCUGGCAGAUAUUCCUACAGGAGGCACACGCAGCAUCAAGAGCAUGUGGGAGAAAGGCAACGUCGGCGGCUCCUCUGAAAGUCCAGCCCCUGCCAACAAGGACUUGGCUGUUAUCAGAGGAGGUGUGGCUGGACGUGUCAACAGCUGGAUGGCAAAGCCUGCAGAGCCAGAGAAGUCGACACCUGCACCUGCACCUGCAGCAGCAGCAGCUGCACCACCCGCAGCAGCAAAGCCGGCAGAAGUGAAACCAGGUGACGUUGGUAACAAGCGCGGCAUGUGGGAAACCAAGAAAAGCUCUGCACCUGCCAAGGUGGCAGUGGUAGGAAAGGGCAAGUUCGUCACAAAUGCAGGUGUAAGACCCUAACCAGUGACCCCAUCAUAUCAAUCAAACCAGACCAAACACAAGGCUACUCUGCUCCUGUGUGUGUUUCCAUUCCCCUUCAACACGCCUGUAUUUUAAGUUCCGAGUGAGAGAAAGACGAGGGACCGGGACGAGUGACGUUAGGUUUCCAGCUUUCACUAAAAAUCUAUUAAUUUGUAUUGAUUUGAUUGGUUUGAUCUUUUGAUCUUUUUCAUGUAGAAAUUUGAUGUCAUAUUAAACCACACCUUAAAUGAUUGAUAACUCAUGGGAUAGAUUUCAUCCUCAUUUUCCCCAAUUCAAAAACAGGACACUGAUCCACACUGAUCCACACUGAUCCACACUGAUCCACACUGAUCCACACUGACCCACACUGAUCCACCCAAUUAGAAGCAUUUGUGUUAUAUUGUUCUACACACUCACUGCUUUUUUGGGAUGAUAGUCACAGUUUUAACUCCAUAGAAAGCAUGUACAUAUUACAAUUGUUUCAGUAGUUAGCCACUUUCUAAUGAAGGACUCUUUAAUGAAGAAGGUUUCUAAAGAGAGUAAUGCAUUGUGUAGUGGCUAAGACGAGGUUCAUGGUUCCCAGAGGAUGAAGCCUGCAGACCUUGGCGAUCCCUGGUGUUGAUCAUCAUUUAGUUAAGAGUGAAAUGGAAUGACAAUCACGGCUGUUCGUCCAUCAUUUUUGUUAGAGAGAUUCUUCUUAAAAUUAUUCACAACACUUGUGAUCCUCUUACUUUCCAUCUGGUGUCAUUGUAAAGGUCAAAAGGUCAAUAAAGUUAAUAAGGUAAAUAAGGUUACCACAAAGGUUAAUUCUCCAAAACUUUCGUUUGUGAGCAAAUACCUGCAAAGAAAUCAAAUUCUCAUAAUCCUCAGCGGUAACAUUAUUUUAUGUUAAAGAGCUAAAAUAAGAUGAUGAGUGGGUGGAAUAAUGUUUUAUUAAAUUUGAAGUCUAUCUGUCUUAUAACCAAUUGAGUUAUUAAUGGAUUCCCUACAUUUAUAACUAACAUAUUUAUAAAUAGAAACAAUAAAACCAGUCAACAGGUUAUUUUAAAACCUGGACACCUAAAACCUAUUCUAUUUAACGACCUAUAACUGAUAUAUAAAGCAUUGGUAAAUACACUAUUAAUAAAGCUAUUGGUUUCCUCACACAGGAUCCUGAGAGCAGAACAUAAUAUCAGUGACUCAUUCUUCCCAGAGGGACAGCCAGAGUAUAACAGUUACAACAAUUAAAAGCAUGACAAUCAUUCUGUCAACAAUUCCUGGUUAUUUUGUAUUUUUGACUUGUGGCAGUUUAACAAUCACAUUAUUGUGUCGUAUAAGCACAAGAGAAAGUCAAGUAAAUCAUGUGCUAGAGAGAAAACCACUGUAACAACGAAUCAGUGAUCAGUCAGACCCCAUGCUUAUCCACAAUCAGAUUACAUGCCACUGUCUUUGCAUGACAACUGCAUUAUGCUUUCAAGUUGGAAUAUUUGCUUAAGUGAACUUAAAUGGUAGCCUGGUGUUUCUAUCAGUGCAGCCGAGUUGAAAUCUGCCAAAAUGUAUUGUGAGUCUCAUGCAGUAUUUUUGGUUUGAAUGUGUGAAGUUAUUGUUUGUGCUUGCUUCAGCAAUAAAGAAACAAAAAAGGAAAAGA